CACUGUGACCAGCAGCCAGACAGGCAGGCAGCCUCCUCACUACAACACUACAACACUACUCACCACCGCGGUCACAGCAGCUUCUCAUGCCUUCACCUGCUCCGGGAUAGACAGCCGUCCAUCUGUCCGUCCGCCCGGCCGCCUGUGCACUGAAGCAGCCUGCGGGGAGGUGGGAGCCUGAAGCGUCCAGGUGAAGAUGCUGGAAAACGGGAGGAAGGUGUUCAAGGAGGGUCUGCUGGAGAAGCGGAGCGACGGGCUGCUGCAGCUCUGGAAGAAGAAGCACUGCGUCCUGACCGAGGACGGCGUGCUGCUGCUGCCGCCCAAGCAGCACGACCAGCCGCAUCACCACCAGCCGCACCACGGCGGCGGCGGGGACGCGGGCAAAGUCAAAGAACUGCACUUCGCCAACAUGAAGACGGUGGACUGCGUGGAGAGGAAGGGCAAGUACGUCUACUUCACGGUGGUCAUGAUGGAGGGGAAGGAGAUCGACUUCAGGUGCCCGCAGGACGAGGGCUGGAACGCGGAGAUCACCUUGCAGAUGGUCCAGUACAAGAACCGGCAGGCGAUCCUGGCCGUCAAGUCCACCCGGCAGAAGCAGCAGCUGCUCGUCGUGCAGAUGCCCGGCCAGAAGACGGUCCGCAGCUCGCCAAACGUAGCGUGACCUGCGGCGAGUCCCGCGGACAGUGGUGCGCCAUUAGCGGUUAAUUGGACACUCAGCCGGAGGAUGAAUAUCGAGCCGGGCUGCAUCUCCCCCUGCCGCUUCACCGCCGAGCUCCAUUCUCCAGGAGAACCCCUUUUCCAUGUAGUGGUUUCCACAGACCAGCACCCCCUCCCGUCCCCUUUUCAAUACAGAGACUUAUUUCACAAAAGACUGAUGGACAAAAAGCAUGUAAGAAAACAACUGUCUUCUACCGUGCGAUGGGUUCACCCCUUAUUUAUUAUAUGUGUAUAUAUAUUUUCUAUAAAAACUGUUAUGUUGUUGAUGAAUGUUUUAGUGUGGUUGUUGCUAGAGUGGAACAAGAAAUACUCGCUCGGAGGUUCAAAUCCUACGUAUCACACACAAAGUCCAUUGGGAAUAAGCUUAUAGAUAUCUUAGGCAGGUUGCUGUAGGUUAGUCAAAUCAGUUCAUUACUGGUAAAAUGUGUCAUUGUCCAUGUUUUCAUUUUUCAACUGAACCAAAGAAUCAUUAACAUUCUCUCUCUUGUGCAGUGCUACAGCUCGGAAUAUACUAUGCUAAAAUAGAUAUACGAUGAGAUACCUGCAUGACCUGUACCUAAUUUGUUUGAUGGCUUGAUUUAUUAAUACCUACAGUACAUCUUAGUAUUUUUGUUGUGUGCAUCAAUCAUUUCCCAUCAUUUUAUUUGGCUGCAUUAGAUACACAAUUCUCUUGCUUUCUUGUGAGUCUUAAAUCUGAGUAAGAUACCAGCUUUUUACCUUCAGUUUGUUUCAGUGGUUACAGAGAAGAGUGUAGUAACAUGGUUAGUUACACACACAGUGCAGUUUUUGUUAUAUUGGCACUUUCUAGGAACAGAGCUGCUCUGAAGACAUUAAAGUGGUUGCAUUAAAUCUUAGUGGCUGGGGACAAAUUACCAAUCUUUUCUGACUUGGUACGUGCAGUCUGAAACUAAAAGCUGAAAGAAGCAUGUACUUCAAAUUGAUAAGCAUGUGACAAGGAGGAAUUUUAUGGAGAUAUUUUCUCUCUGUUUAAACUUUCAAACAGGAGAAGCGGUUGUAGCUUGUAAGCUCCGUCUACUCUUAUUGAACCCCCCUCUGUCAGCGACUGCUCCACACCAGAGGCAGGGUUUGGAGACGGACUCAAUGGUACAGAUAGUUUUCUUGGCUGAAACUAUUGCCUCGUAAAAAACUUGCUUAUUGUCAAGUGAGUAACAAGAGAUAUAUUAUGACUGACUAGUACGAGCAUGUUCCCGGCAGGCUUACGUGUUAGCAUUUUGCUCGCCAGCUACAGAAGUUCGCCAACUAGUCUUGCGAGGAGUCUCAAGCUUCUAGAACCUGUGAAUGAAUGCUGUGCCACUUCCUGGGCCUUUGUUAGAGCUGGAUAUGUUUCAAGAUUAUGCCCCAUUUAUUCCAGAAAGUUGCCCACUGGUUGAAUACGUUAAAACGUUUUCUGUGGCCUGGAAAACAUGGUGCGUUGGAGUCCAGUUUAAAUGAGGUACAUAAAUGAAAUUGUGUGACAAGGGCUGGAAGGUUUUAUUGCAGUUUGCUAGCUGCUGACUUUCCAAUAUUCCAAAUGCUGUGGACGUAUCUUGUAUUUUGAUUAAGGAUGAGUGAGUACACCAUUAUCUGCAUCUGUAUGUGUUCAACCAACUAAAUAAUCUGUAUUAGUAUCCGUAUUUGGAAUGGGCGGGGUCUAAAUAGGACGUUGGUGGUGCUUAAACCGGAAGUGUUCAGGACUAACUGGAAGUCUGAAAUAAUACGGGUUGAUCAGAAGGUGCUAUAUUUAUCAGAAAAGUAUUUACAGAGCAAUUUUUUUAAAUAAAAGUUUUUGAGUACAGGUAUUGACACAUUUUACUACUCUACUCAUACUCGUAAAAAGUACAUUAUCUGUAGCGGAUCAUUUUGACUUAAGUUGCUUCUUUGCAAUUCAAGCUCGCCAAUUCGCUAAAUUAAGCUAAAACACAGAUUUUGGCUCCACCCACUGAUAUUUACCACAACCAAUCAGAUUAUUUCUGUCUCUGUAGCAGCUCUGCCUCUGAGAAAUGUUCAUAAAACUAUAUCUCUCACCUGCAACUUCUAUAUUGCAAGGCACGAAAUGCUUUUCAUGAGAAAAAAGGACAGACUAAACAGGGUGAUUGUUGUGAAACUUCUAAAGGUGGUGAUACACAAGGUAACAUUUAGUGGAACGUAACAGGCAAUGGUCUCAAAAAUUGCCUCUGCAUUGUUUUCCCAUGAUGGAGGGAUGUCUUGCUGUCGAGAAACAUUUUAUUUCACCAUGGCUCAUGUCGUUUCCUGUUUGCUGGAAGUGUUUCCCACUGCUUUCCCCUCUUGCCAGUGUAUCACCUCUGAACCAACACAUGCCUCUGUGUUGUUGUCAUCUCCCACACAGGGUAAUAGCUGUGCCCUUUAUCUAAUGAGACUGGUGUGAUGCUUCUCUAACAUGCCUUCCUGUUGCCAUCAUUACACACACAGUUAUAGCUGUGCCCUUUGUAGCCACUGUCCAAUUUCUUAUUUCAACGUGAGAUCUAUUUUCAUACCUCGAAAAGAUACAUUCCAUUAAAAAAAAAAAAAAACAGCA